AUUCCAACUGCAAUCGACCGAGGCAAGCGAAACAUUAUUCAUCGUGAUUGAUGUACCGUAUUGCAAGCGCUCUGUCCAGUUUUCCUACAAAUUAUAUUGUUCAUUCAUUCCUUUCGUGAAUUGUGCAGACUCACAAACUACAACUACAAAUGCAAUUACGUGGAAACAAAUGAGCCUUCUACUUGUAUCACUAUGAUUGAAGAUAGGUACAACAGUGUAUUGUGUACGGUGACAGGUUCGUCUGGUGAAAUUUAUUAAUACUGUUCCAAAGAUGAUGGAGUUGAAUGAACUAAAUGACCUUAUGGGUCAAGCGACGACUAUGCCCUGGUCGACAGAAAACAUAACCUACGAAAAUAUUAGUAGACCGCAUGGAACCGCUGUCGGUGUCACAUAUAAUCUAACUGACCUCGACAACCAACCAUUCAAUGGGACGCAGAAAGAGUUUCUGGAAUUCUACUUAGGCCCCCAGAUGCUACCGCUUUAUAAGGCUCUACUGGUCAGCAUUAUCUUCGGUGGCAUUUUCAUAACCGGCGUAGUGGGAAAUGUCCUUGUAUGUAUCGUUAUAAUACGGCACUCGACGAUGCACACGGCUACAAACUAUUAUCUCUUCAGCCUGGCGGUGUCUGAUCUCCUUUACUUGCUUCUUGGUCUACCGGCAGAGGUUUUCCUAUACUGGCAUCAAUAUCCGUAUCUCUUUGGGCUUCCCUUUUGCAAAAUAAGGGCCUUCAUUUCAGAAGCGUGCACAUACGUAUCGGUUUUCACCAUCGUUGCAUUCUCUAUGGAACGCUUUCUGGCUAUCUGCCAUCCCUUACAUCUGUACGCGAUGGUUGGCUUUAAGCGCGCACUUCGAAUAAUUGCAGCAUUGUGGAUAGCGAGCUUUUUAAGCGCUAUACCAUUUGGUAUAAUGUCAGAAAUUCAGUACCUGAGAGAUCCGAAUGAUAAUACAAAAAUUGCAGAAUCUGCAUUUUGCUCCUUGUCUCUCCCCGAUGAGCUACCCCUCUUCGAGGUUUCGUUCUGCAUAUUCUUCGUCAUACCUAUGGUUCUAAUCAUAAUUUUAUACGGACGUAUGGGAGCACAAAUCAGAUCCAGAACAACACAAAAAUUGGGAGUUCAGCACGGCUCCAUUCGGGAAUCGAGGAAUUCGCAGAUGAAGAAGAAGGCAGUAAUACGGAUGUUGGCUGCUGUCGUCAUCACAUUUUUCGUCUGCUGGUUCCCAUUUCACAUUCAACGAUUGUGGUACUUGUACGCAAAAGGUGUGGAUAAUUUUCAAGACAUUAACGAAUGGCUCUUCUCCAUAGCCGGAUUCGCAUACUAUGUAUCGUGCACCAUUAAUCCCAUUGUAUACAAUGUGAUGUCACAUCGCUACCGAGUCGCUUUCAAAGAGAUUCUCUGUGGGAAACGAGUGAGCGCCUACUACAAUAAUGGAUUCGCCAGGGAUCAAUCCAGUUUUCGGGAAACUACAAUUGCCACCAGCAUGGGCAGCAACAACCACUACGAACGUGUGCACUCGGUACACAUCCGCUCAAGCCGCCAUCUCAAUAAUACGCACGAGAGAGAAUCAAUGAAUUCUAAUAGAUUUUCUAUCAAAAAGACAUACAGUCUGCCCUUGCAAAAGAAUGUGACUCCAGAUCCUGCGCUCCUAAGCACCACAAACAUUGUAAUUGUAGUAGAAAAUAGCUCAAAUGGUCGACCAACUGAGAGCAAAGUGCCAGACGAAUAUAAGCUCAAGAAUAAUGAAACCUGUAUAUAAUAUGAGAUCUAAUUAAUUUAAGUAUUUAAUACCAAACGAAAUGUACAUAAUAUGUUGACAUAUCUCUUAACUCUCAUUCUAUAUACAUAUGUAAAUAUAUAUCAAAUUAAUCCAA